AGUACUUCAAGCUUCGAGUGUGUAUUGCGCAAGUCACACGCAUCCAUAUCGGUGUGCGCGUGUCACGUACGCGAAAUCCUUCAUUCGUAGCCGCACGCGUAGUAUUUGCGCGCAUUAACACGACACGCGGCCACAGCCACACCAGCGAGGUGGUGAUUGUUGUCCAGCGAUCUUUCUGGUUCAAGAGGAGGCGGCGGCUAGAGUAAAAAAUCGUGUAUAUCUCGCAAGAGGACAUGCCGGACAGCGAGGCCGUCUAUCAACCGACCACCGUCGGCUACACGUACGACAGCGGUGGCGAUGGCAGCGGCGGUGGUGGCGGCGGCGGCGCCGCAGGGCUGAGGCACGGUUUCUGGCGCAUCGUAUCCAGGCACAAGCUCAAUUCUAGGAAAUGGUUAGAGUGGACGCUGCUAUCGGUCGCACUAUGCUUCUUCAUCGCCGGCCUCACGACCAUGCUCGUCAACCUCGUUUCCACAGAAGAGUCUUCAAAGACGGGUGACGAUGCUGCAUUGGAGAUAAAGCCAGAAGAAUAUUCAACGACGAUUCCAGAUAUACAGCAACAUGAAAAUAUAGGAAAGAGUUCUGUGGCGUUAGGUGCCGGGAUAAUGCUGAUCGGUGUAUUGCUUGGUUUUGUUUGGACAUGGCUCACUUUCUUCCAUCAUAGCAAAUCACCAAGGAAUGGCAUGACAAGUAGCAGUGGUCAGAUGUUGGGCGGUUUGAAUCCAUCGACUGACUUGCUGGUGGGUUCCACUUCGCAGUACGGGCCAGUACUCACAGAGGUGCCAAGCCAGCUGAAGAUAAAGCAAGCCAACUCGCAUGACAUGCCGGCCAUACCGCUUUCUGACCAAGAGGAGGAAAUGCACACGCUAAUGCAGGACCCUGCUAGCCCGCCAUCGGUUUCCGUUGGAUCUAAUACCAUCACUAAUCAAAUUCCAGGUUGAGUAAAACGACACAUGCUCCCAUGUGCGUACAAGCGCGUAUAACAUGGACUCAGAAUUUCGUUUUAUAAAUUUUCUAACACGCUCCAAGAGAUUUAUUAUCACUGCGUGACGAUUUUACAAGUUCUCUGUUUCCUUAAAAACUCAAAAGAACUGUCGUUCUUUCUGAUUUUCAAGUCGUGGCGUUCAGCUCUGGUCUACAGUAGGUAACCUCUUUAGUAUUUUGCUCUAAGCUCUGAGUUACGAUGUUAAUUUGCUCUAAGCUCUAUUUAAAGCUUAGGGCUUAAAAGGCGUCGGGUAAAAAAGCGUUAUGAUUUACAACUUAGAACAAAAAGGUUUAUUACUAUCUAUUAUAAACUGGGACUUAUAUUAUCAUUGACAUCAUUUGACGUUGAUCUUGUGAUUAAAAAAAAUUUUAUUUUAUUUAAAAAAG